CCGCUGCUAUAAAAGGCGACGCCGCGCGGCGCCGCUCGAGUGGCCUUGUUCUCGAUACUUCGGUGCGGUUGGGAACUCUCUCCGGCAGCCUCGGGCCUGCGGUCUUGAGACGGAGCACCAUGCCUACGAUAAAGUUGCAGAGUUCUGAUGGAGAGAUAUUUGAAGUUGAUGUAGAAAUUGCCAAACAAUCUGUGACUAUCAAGACCAUGCUGGAAGAUUUGGGAAUGGAUGAUGAAGGAGAUGAUGAUCCAGUUCCUUUACCAAAUGUUAAUGCAGCAAUUCUAAAAAAGGUCAUUCAGUGGUGCACCCACCACAAAGAUGACCCUCCUCCUCCUGAGGAUGAUGAAAACAAAGAAAAGCGGACAGAUGAUAUUCCUGUUUGGGACCAAGAAUUCCUGAAAGUUGACCAAGGAACACUUUUUGAACUUAUUCUGGCUGCAAACUACUUAGACAUCAAAGGUUUGCUUGAUGUCACAUGCAAGACUGUGGCAAAUAUGAUUAAGGGGAAAACUCCUGAGGAGAUUCGUAAAACCUUCAAUAUCAAAAAUGACUUUACUGAAGAGGAGGAGGCCCAGGUACGCAAAGAGAACCAGUGGUGUGAAGAGAAGUGAACUGCUGUGCCUGUCACUGUAACACUAGAAGGGUUGUUCCAAAUGCUAGUUGCACUGCUCUGUUUAUAAUUGUUAAUAUUAGAGAUCAGUAGACAAACAUGGCCUUGUCUUCACUGCAUGUGUAGUUCCAGUCCAGAUCAGACCUGUGGCUGAGUUUCUUCUGUGAGCAGAAGUUUCCUUUCCCCCCAUUACUCUGAAUAAAACUGAACUAUGGGUUCUCUGCGGAAAGUGGCAUUUUGGGCUUUCCCUCUUUCUGUAAAGUGAUUUCUGCCUCUAGUUCAUUGUCCAGUUAACUUCAGUGAGCCUUUCAAAGUUGACAUUGUAAAUAAAACAACUUAAGAAAAGUAUGCUGAAAUAGAAUUAACAAAACAUGACACUUGUUCAUGAAUCGGAAACUGGAAUAGGGCAGCUUGAAGUUAACCAUGUGGGUGUCUUCCAACCUCUAUGCUGCUGGUAAGCUUGAGUGCAGCUGGGCUCUCUUAAUUGGAUCUGAGGCCUUGUUUUGUCUUUUUUUUUUUUUUUUUUAAAUCUUCUCAGCUUUGAAUAUGUUGCCUAGAGAUUUAGUUUACUACCCAGUUUGUGGUUUUGGAGUGGGGACUGUAACUCAACAAUUUGUUAGCUUUUCAAUUAAAAAAGACACUUACUUCA